UGAAUAGAAAAAGACAGGUUAAACUGGACGCGGUUAACUAGUAUGAUAGCUGGCUAGGUGUAGACAUAUAGCUAAGUGGCUAGUUGCUAGCGCUUCUGCCAUGGACCUGACGGAUCCUGUGUGAUAAACAGAUAACGCUAGCUGUAUCCGCUAAACAUUCUGACCUCCAAGUCAGACGGAGAAGGGAUUUGUUUAAUGUCUCGGCACAUUUUGCAAUAAGCGAGCAAUGCAUGGUCAAUGUAUUAUCGACUCCAGUUAGCUAGCUAGCUAACCAUAUUCGUCAUCUACGCAUUCGAGAAAUGAUGCUUGGAGAUCGGAUUUUUAUCGGACACCUAUUUGGACUGCUAGCUAGCUAGCAGUGAAGUGCCUGGUUUGCUCGAUGACCACGACCAGGUCUGACGCCAUGAACCUCGUCCGGUUGGUUUGCCGUCACAAGACGGCGCUGGCGAUCGGAGGCCUGUGCAUCUUCGCCGUGGUCCUCCUCUUCCUGGCCAAGUGCACCUCCGAGACGCUGAAGCCGGCCGAGUCGCCCGGCUCCGCCCCCCGCUCCGAGCUCCGCCCUGAGCGGCAGGAGGCCCGCCCCAAGGAGCUGUCGGCCUUCCUGGUGGUGCUGAUCACCACGGGGCCCAAGUACACGGAGCGGCGGAGCAUCAUCCGCAGCACCUGGCUGGCCAAGCGCGACCCGGACGUGCUCAGCCUGUUCGUGGUGGGCACCGAGGGCCUGCCCGCCGAUGACCUGCAGAACCUGGGCACGGAGCAGGUGCGGCACCGCGACCUGCUGCUGCUGCCUGAGCUGCGGGACUCCUACGAGAACCUCACCCUCAAGCUGCUGCACAUGUACAGCUGGCUGGACCAGAACGUGGACUUCAAGUUCGUCCUCAAGGCCGACGACGACACCUUUGCCCGGCUGGACCUCAUCAAGGAGGAGCUGAGGGCCAAGGAGGCGUCGCGCCUGUACUGGGGCUUCUUCUCGGGGCGGGGCCGGGUGAAGACAGCCGGCAAGUGGAAGGAGAGCACCUGGGCGCUGUGCGACUACUACCUGCCCUACGCGCUGGGCGGGGGCUACGUCCUGUCGGCCGACCUGGUGCACUACGUUCGGCUGAACGUGGGCUACCUGAAGGCGUGGCAGAGCGAGGACGUCUCCCUGGGGGCGUGGCUGGCGCCGGUGGACGUGCGGCGCACGCACGACCCCCGCUUCGACACCGAGUACAAGUCGCGGGGCUGCAACAACAAGUACCUGGUGACGCACAAGCAGAGCCUGGAAGACAUGCUGGAGAAGCACCAGACCCUGCAGAAGGAGGGCCGGCUCUGCAAGGAGGAGGUCAAGCUCCGCCUCUCCUACAUCUACGACUGGAACGUGCCGCCCUCUCAGUGCUGCCAGCGCAAAGACGGCAUCCCCUGAGGCCCACCCCCCAACCCCUGCCACUCACUCACUCCCGCUCCUCAAAUUCCCCUAUUUAUUUAUUUAUUCUUGCCCUGCCUCGCUUCUGGCCGGGCACUGUGGUAACGUCCUCCGCUGGCCUUCCUCUCCCGGGGUAAGGAUUGGGAGGUUAUUCUAUAGUGAAUGAGUCCAGAUGAGUGACGUCGACUCUUGACACCCCCCACCUCCUCCCAAAGGUCCAAUGUGAAAUUUAUUGUACUGCGGUCUGUGUUAGUUUGAGGUCUGUGCAUAGAAACGUGGGACCUGCAAGCAGGGCACAAUUGAUGUACUUAUUUCUAUAACCUUGGACCUAUGCACACACAUAUAUAUAUAUAUAUAUAUAUAUA